ACGUUAUUAAACCAUUCACUGAUUCUCUGCUGAUCCGAGGCAGAUGCUCCUAGUUUUAUUAUUUUAUUCAUUUAACCCUGCAUGUUAUAGAUAGGUGAACGUUGCUGCUGAAACGUUCUAGUAUGUUUAAUUAAUAACUACUUCCCUGCAGCUGACAGUGUUUGAUUAAUUAUUUAUUUAUUGUUUUGUGCCGCUAAUGAUGGAGAGAUAUGAGGGGUAUAUUUUUACUGCUUUGUGCAGCGCAAACUUUUUUAUUUCUUGCCUGCUGUUCUCCAAAAUAACCCGGGAGCAAAGGGAUCCAUACAUGGACGAAAUAUUCCACGUACCGCAAGCGCAGAAAUACUGCCAAGGAAAAUUCAGCGAGUGGGACCCGAUGAUCACCACGCUGCCGGGCCUGUACCUGGUGUCGGUGGGGGUGAUUAAGCCGCUGGUGUGGCUGGCGGGGUGGACGGGGGAGGUGGUGUGCUCCACGGCAAUGCUGCGCUUCAUCAAUUUACUCUUCAACUGCGGAAACCUCUACCUGCUGUAUCUCAUCACGCAUAAACUCCACUUUAAAGACAAGACCCGCGCUGCAUGGCGCAGAGCGCUGGUGGCACUGUCUCUGUCCACCUUUCCCGUGCUCUACUUUUUCACCUUCCUGUACUACACGGACGCCGGCUCCACCUUCUUCACACUCUUCGCCUACCUGAUGACGUUAUAUGGCAGCCACAAAGCCUCCGCGCUGCUCGGCUGUGGCGCCAUCCUCUUCCGCCAAACUAACAUCAUCUGGGUGGCGUUCUGCGCCGGCACCGUGGUGGCCGGGAGGCUGGAGGAGGCCUGGGAGACGGAGCAGGCCAAGAGGAGAGAGGAGAGACCGGCCGGCCGCAGCGCACUGUCCGCGGGCGACACCGGAAGGGUCCUCCGCUUCCUGCUGGAGUACGUCACCUCGCCGUCCCGUCUGCGGGCCCUGCUGCUGGCGGCCUGGCCGUACGCCGCAGUCGCCACGGCCUUCCUCCUGUUUGUCAUCCUGAAUGGUGGGAUCGUGGUGGGCGACAGGAGCAGCCACGAGGCCUGUCUGCACUUCCCUCAGCUCUUUUACUUCCUGUCCUUCAGCCUGCUGUUCUCGGCCCCCGCGGCUCUGUCCCUUCGCAGGGCCGGCGGCUUCCUGCACUCGCUCAGAAAGCAGCCCUGGCUGUACCUGUGCGCUGCCGCCCUCUCCCUGCUGCUGGUCUGGAAAUUCACCUUCGUCCACAAGUACCUGCUGGCGGACAACAGGCACUUCCCCUUCUACGUGUGGAGGCGUGUGUUCCAGAGGCACCCGCUGGUGCCCUUCGCCCUGGUGCCCGGCUACGUCUUCGCCGCGUGGAGCUUCGCGGAGUCGCUGAAGUGCCGGUCGGUGUUCUGGAACCUGGCGUUCCUGGUGUGUGUGGCGGCGGCCACUGUCCCGCAGAAGCUGCUGGAGUUCCGCUACUUCAUCCUGCCCUACCUGCUGUACCGCCUGCACAUGCCGCUGCCCUCGGUGGGCCGCCUGCUGCUGGAGCUGGCGCUGCACGCCGCCCUGAACGCCGCCACGCUCCACCUCUUCCUGCACAGACCCUUCCAGUGGCCCCACAGCCCCGCCCUGCAGAGGUUCAUGUGGUGACGGGAGGGUGGUUCCCCAAGCUGCACAGAGCCCGGGUCCCCUGGGGGACAGACUGUUCCGCCGUUACGAUCACUGAGGUCUUAUCAAGAGAUGAGAUUAUUUUCAUAUGAAGUCAAUUAAUGCAAAAACUAAUGAGAAAAAGCCAUAUGAUUUACAAAUACACGUGAAUAUUUUGUAUGGGUGAAGUGAGCGUGAGAGGACAGCACACCGCCUGUCUCCCUGGCUGAGGCAGAGCGGUCAGUACGGCCGCACUGUGGCAUCUCCUGUGAAGAGGAGGUGUGUUUGUAUGGAUAGGUUUGAUAAAAUGGAAUUAGCAG